AUGGUGAAGACGACGACGAGGGUCGCCGACCUCACGGACCUCGACCUCCAGGCCAUCCUCCUCCACCUCACCCCCGCCAACCUCCUCCGCGCGGCGCUCGCCUGCCACCGCUGGCGCCGCGCCGCCACCCGCGCCCUCCCUCGCGUGCCGCCCCUCCUCGGCUACUUCUUCCACCCCAAGGGCCCCUCCAAGCCGCCCCCCAUGCCGACGUCGGACAAGACCCACCACCCCGCCGUCAUUCUCCCGCUCGACGCCUCCUCCCCGCGCCUCUCCCUCGGCGCCUCUCCUCACCUCACCUCGGCCUGCCAGCUCCUCCUCCAUCCAGGACGUCCACCUCGUCUUUCUCUCUUCGAUGCCUCGACUCCUCCCUCGUCUCUCCUCGCACCCCAAGUCGCUCCUGCGGGGCAUCCUCGGCCUCGUCUUCCUCCUCGACCCGGCGUCGCCCCGCCGCGUCCUGCUCCCGCCGCCACCGCGCGACGCGCUGCCUGA